UUUACUGACACGCACUAGAAGGAAAUGCUGCAGGGGUGGAAUCGAAGGAUUGUCCAACGAACCUUGGAGAAAUGUUGCAAAACGUGGAAACACAUUAUUAACUUUGGCUGUUGUCGAUGGAGUACUUGAACCUAUGUCUGUUUCUGUCGCGCGAUGUCAUUUCACCGAAGAAGUUGAAAAUGACAUGCGCAUACAUGGUGAUAUUCGCGCGGCUGAUCUUUGUAGAGAUAUACGUCAGUGGUGGUAUGCCGAGGAUGAUCCUGGUAUAAACUCAAAACUCCGAAUACAGCAAAGAAUGUCAUUAAGAAAACGACUACUUAGCUACGUUAACUUCGCGCAUUUCCCGUCUCCUACGAUGUACAUAAAUGGGUGGCCUUGCCAACUAUGGGAGGCACUUAUUGCCAACAUAGAUGCAAAGACACACCUAUAUGGGUUAACACACAGUCACACGUACAACGUUAGAGCCUUUAGUUCUAUGAUGGGGGAAACCUAUUUCUCUGAGCUUACAAUGUUCGACAGACGUGGUCGUGGGACAGUAACUGCUGCAGAAUUCGGCCGAUUCAUAUGCAGCACAUGGCAAGCCCUGAACAUGCGACUUGAUCCCGAGAGAUCAUUUUACUAUCGAACAAGCCGGAAGACGGUUUACAAGCUGGUGGACAAGUCUGACAUGUUUUCACAGAACGGCGGUAGAUGA